AUGGGCUUUCUCAAGGCCCCUAAACCAAAGCUGACGCGUGAGUCGCUCGGCCUCACCAACACAGUCAGAUAUGACAAAUACGAUCCGCGCAAUGGCCAGGCAGACGCCGAGGCGAGAAAGUCGCUGGCCGGCCUGGACUACUCGCCCCUGAAACGAGUAACCUGGGAGUCGUUCUGGAUGGGCAUUCUCAUCUCAAUGGGCGGCUUCAUCUUCGGCUACGACACUGGCCAGAUUAGCGGCUUCCUGGCGAUGCCAGAUUUCCUGGAGAGAUUUGGUCAGCAUCACAGCGAUGGCACCGCAUACUUCAGCAACGUCCGGUCAGGCCUCAUCGUGGCAUUGCUUUCAAUCGGUACCUUGAUCGGUGCUCUGGUUGCUGCUCCUAUUGCCGAUCUUAUUGGCAGAAGGUUGAGCGUCACCUUUUGGUGUAUCAUCUUCUGUGUCGGCAACAUCGUCAUGAUCUCUUCGGAUCACCAUUGGUACCAGAUGAUGAUGGGCAGAUGGAACGCUGGCCUCGGUGUCGGCGCUUUGUCCCUGCUGGUGCCCAUGUAUAUGGCUGAAACCGCCCCCCGUCAUAUCCGUGGUGCUCUGAUUAGCACAUAUCAGCUCUUUAUCACUCUUGGAAUCUUCUUCGCUUCCUGCGUCAACUUCGGCACUUACGAACAUCAACGUGACAACUCUGGAUCGUGGAGAAUUCCGAUGGGUGUUGGCUUUGUCUGGCCUAUCAUCCUCGGUGUCGGCAUCCUCUUCUUCCCCGAUACGCCACGUUACCUCUACCGCAAAGGCAGAGUAGAAGAAGCCAAGCAGGUCAUGUAUAAGGUCUACGGUGCGCCCCCGAACCACUACAGCGUCCACCUCGAAUCGGAGGAGAUUGCACUCCAACUCCGGGCCGAAGCAGCACAGGAAGGUGUCGUCAGGGAAUGGCUCCACAUGUUCACUGCGCCCAAGAUGUUUUACCGUAUCUGCCUCGGCGUUCUUUUGCAGAUGUUCCAGCAGUUGACCGGUGCCAAUUACUUCUUCUACUACGGUACGGUGAUUUUCAAGGCCACCGGCAUCAACAACUCCUUCGUCACCCAGAUGAUUCUGAACGGCAUCAACUUCGGCACCACCUUCUACGGCCUAUACAUCGUCGAGCACUAUGGUCGUCGGAAGUCCCUCAUUGUGGGCGGCCUCUGGAUGUUCAUGAUGUUCAUGAUCUUUGCCAGCGUCGGUCAUUUCUCCCUGAACCGUGACGACCCCCAGUCCACUGAAUCGAGUGGCACUGCCAUGAUCGUCAUUGCCGCAUUUUUCAUCUUUGGUUUUGCGACAACCUGGGGCCCUAUGAUCUGGACCAUCUGCGGCGAACUGUAUCCUUCUCGCUAUCGUGCCAAGGCUAUGGCGUUGUCGACGGCCUCCAACUGGUUCUGGAACUUCUUGAUCGCAUUCUUUACCCCCUUCAUCACGCACGACAUUGACUUCCUGUACGGCUACGUCUUCGCAGGCUGCAACCUUGUCGGUGUGCUUCUGGUCUAUUUCUUCGUUAUGGAAGGCCAGGGUCGGACUCUGGAAGAGAUUGAUACCAUGUAUCUCCUCGGCGUCAAGCCCUGGAAGAGUUCGUCCUGGGUAGCCCCGCCCCCGGAGGAGAUCGCUGCGAUCCGAAGAGCAGCCGGAACCCAUGAAGAUGUUGCUGAGGCUGGAGAAGCUGCAACCAGCUCGACUGCCAAUGGCAAUGCUAAUGCAAACGCCGAUGUUGGUCGCGACAGCGCUGACAACGCCAAGGCAGAAAAGGACGCAGAGCACGGCGAGCAAUUGUGA